GACCCGAACGGCGGAUCGUCCUGGUAGGCAAAACCGGCAAUGGGAGAAGUGCGGUGGCCAACACCAUCCUGGGAAGCAGGGUCUUCAAAUCCAAGAUAUCGUCCGUGUCCGUCACCAAGACUUGCCAAUGGGAGGAGGUCGUGCUGAACGGCCGGAAAGUGGUGGUGGUGGUGGUGGACACGCCGGGCUUCCUCAACAAGGGUCGUCCAGAGCGGGAAACCUUGGCCAAAGUGAGGAAGUGCAUCAAGUUUUGCCCCCCGGGCCCCCACGUCAUCCUGCAGGUGAUGCGCCCAGACCGCUUCACCCAGGAGGAGACAUACAUGGCGCACUUCAUCAAGCAGAUCUUCAGCUUGAACGCCAAGGAUUACAUGAUCAUCCUCUUCACCCGCAAGGAGGACCUGGAGGGCAAAACCCUGGAGAAGUUCAUCGCCGAAGGCGAUGAGGACCUGAAGGAGCACGUUUACGACUGCGGCAACCGCUUCCUGGCCUUUAACAACAAGGCUGAAGGCGCGGAGCGCGAAGCUCAGGUGGGCCAGCUGAUGGCAAUGAUUGAUGCGCUGGUGCACAAGAACCGUGCCGCGCCGUGCUACAUGGAGGAGAUGCUCAACAUUGACAAGAAGCACCGGGACUUUUCCUGGCUGUCUCCUUUCGUUUGA